UCAGAUUUUGCGUACUGCAGGAAGAACUGGAAGCCCAGAGUUGACAAGAAUACACUCUGAGCUCUGAAAAGCCUGCGUAAUGGCUAGCAGAGAUAAAGCAGUAAUGAGGUGACCAUAUCAGUAACUAGCAGUGUCCUUAUGAUGUCGUAGUUGGUGACGCGUAAUGGAGCAGACAUCUCCACUAAGUCGAGGCAUGAUGCAAUGCCAACCGAAAUAUGUACUGAGGCCACAGCCUCACCUCGACACAAAGUGGCUCAAGACAGACUUGCAAUUGCUUUUUUCUUACGAGGGUCUCAUACACUCCUGGAAUGAAAUGGUGAAAGAUGGAGAGUUGCAGCUUGCAGGAGCUGAUGAAUCGUCACUGCAGAACAUUGGGAAGGGUGUGCCAAACAGAGUCACAACGUGCACUUGUGUGACUCAAGUGGGCGGCAGCAGCGUGCCGGCUCUUCUGGGGUGUCCAUGCCCUUCCUGUGGUGCACCUUCAAGCACGGCAGUGCAGCGGGAAGAAUCCGGUACCAGCGAGAAACGGUCCGGAUGCCUCACAUCACGUUCCCUCGUCGAUACCUGGAUAUGGGGACCACAGCCCACACGAGACCAGCUCCAGAGAUGCCUCCAGACCCUCAUAUACGAACAGCAGCAGUUGGGGGCAGCCGCAGCAUCAUCCACAUUAUCAUCAAUGCGACUGAGGCAACAACUAACUGUUGCGAUGCGCUACUACACUGCCCUCGUCAGGCGGUGGCAAACGCCGGCAGCACAGCACACUCGUUCUCCGAGUUCACAAAGUGCACUGCACAGCCUUGAGUCAAAAAGAACCAAGCCCGUGGCUGAGAAGCCGACUCAAGCACUGGCACGCGUUGGCUCACGUGCAGCUCUCGGCUUUGCCUUUGCCUUCCUAAAGAGGGCGUGGCGUUCUGGGGAGGACUCUGACUUGUGCAGCGAACUGCUGAGGGAAUCACUAGAGACACUUCGUGGUGUCCCAGAGGCCACCCUCUUCUCAGAGUGCUCCGUCUCUCCCAUUUGGCUGGAAACAGUGGAGCGAGCAUCAAAGUUUCUUCGUUCCGUGGUCCUCGGUGACAUCAACAUGGGUGUCGGACAGUCCCGCGGUUGCGGACAAGUACCGGUACCCGACCAGCAGCUUGCCCUCUCUCUUCUCUUGGAGCUGGCUGUGCUUCGAGGAUCUUUGAGCACAAUUCUGGAUGCUGUCCUUCUGCUGCUGCAGUUGUGGAACAGCGGAAGAUGUGAAGUCGAUAACAGAACUGUAUCGCAUGGCACAAGUGCACCAUUGACCUCUCUCCUGCGGAGAUUUGAGAGCAUACCUUGUUCCAAGGAAGAUCGCAGAAAAGAUCAACCCGUGAAUGAAAACGGUGUUCCAAUUGUGAAUCCAACACAGUGCCUGUUGGGCCUCCUCUCUCUGCCCGAUGACGAUUCACUCUCAGUAGACCUCCGGCAAUGUGCCAUGGUAAUUAUGUGCCACUUGAGCAGGUUGGCAGCACCGUACCUGCCCUUGAGUCAUCAAACUAGUCAGUCUAAGGGUGGCAAUAAUGGCACAACACAGAAAGUGUUUGGCUGCGGUUGGACCGCCUGGACCAAGAGCACGGAGUUAUCUGAACCACCGCAGUCCCUGGAUUGCUUGGCUGACCUCUCCAUCACUCAACUCUGCUGCUCCGAUUCCAACCUGCUGAUCUUGACCAAAUGUGGCAAGGUCUACGUGCUCCCAUUCACUAGCGAGAGUGCAUUUCCUCAACCCGUGGACGGACUUGGUGAUCGAGAGGUCGUGAAAAUUGCGAGUCAUCCGGACGGAAAACAUUGCAUGGCGCUCACUGCCGACGGAGAAGUUUACUCGUGGGGCUGUGGCGAAGGUGGUCGUCUGGGACAUGGCGAGAGCAGCAACAAAGAGGAACCAACGCUGAUUCAAGCUCUGAGUGGCAAGUGUGUCACCCAUAUUGCCUGCGGCAGUGAAUACAGCGCUGCCAUAACGCAGGCAGGAGAGCUUUACACGUGGGGCAAGGGGAAUUACGGUCGUCUCGGAAUCGGCAGCAGCGAAGACCAGAACAUUCCUGUUUUAGUCAGCGGCCUCGUGGGACACCGUGUCAUGGACGUUGCCUGUGGAAGCGGUGAUGCCCAGACGUUGGCCGUUACAGAUUCAGGAAUGGUGUUUUCAUGGGGUGACGGAGACUACGGUAAGCUAGGUCGUGGAGACGUGGACGGGUGUAAGGUUCCCAAGCUUGUCGACGAAUUCCAAGGCACCACCAUAGCCAGAGUGUUCUGCGGUUCGCAGUUCAGCAUGGCACUUUCUCGUGGUGGAACAGUGUAUGCCUGGGGAAUGGGUGAGGGUCAUCGCCUCGGCCAUGCGACAGAUGAACACGUUGACCUUCCAAAGGUCGUCGUCGCCCUCGCCAACCAACACGUGGUGAACCUAGCGGUCGGACUUGGACACGUGGCAGCGCUCACUCAAGAAGGACACGUCUACACAUGGGGGUGCAACGAGCGGGGACAGUUGGGACGCCACCCAAACUUUGGACGGUCCCCAUAUGUCAUCAGCGUACCGUGCACGAAGCCUAUCGUUGGAGUUGCUUGCGGACCCGCCCAGACGUUGAUGUGGACUGCUGUGGAGAGGUAUUCAGUACCUCUCAGGGUACCCUUUGUUGUGGACGUCUGCAAAGAGACUCUGGAGCAGAUAGACGAACUCCUUGUGCAGUCGUGCGAAGGAGUCGAAGUGGCGUGGCCGCCGCCUCCACAGGAGAAAGAGUGUAUAGCUGUGGCUACACUUCAUCUGCUGCAGCUUCAGAUUCACGUGGCCAUCACGAAUGGAGUUUAUCCCGAGCAGCUGGGCUUGAGUUCAGACUCUAGGCUCCUGGGUUCACUGAAGCAGCGUGUUGUGACGUUAGCAAGUGGUUCGGGUGUUCUGAGCACUAUCCAGAGAGCUGCGCAACAGGCCCUGCAGGUGUCGUGGGGCUUUCUGUUACCUACGGCAGAUGAAAGGGCACGAGCCUUGUCCAUGCUCCUGUUAAGCUCAGGAAUGGAUGCGUCCUCGUCUACAUGUACUGGACGAAGAUUUAUGACAGAUCUGCUGGUGGGAAGCCUCAUGGCUGAUGGAGGUCUAGAAUCAUCCCUUCAUACAGCUAUAAAAGUUGAAAUACAAGACUUGGAUGACCUUCAGGAGAAGGUUGUGCUGAAUGGAGAAAUUUCUAAAGAGAUGACCACGAGUGCGGAGCAACUCAUGUCAGAUCAGGCACUAUUAGAAUCAGAAACAAAGCGCACACAAGUAGCAUCUGAUGAUGCAUCUUCUGCUAUUCCAUUGCUUCAUUUGAUUAAACAGCUGCUCAGAAACAUUGCAAUGCAAACAAUGUCUAAAUUGCAAAGCAUAUUCCCCGAAAACUCCAGUCAGCUACAGUCGCAGGGUCUCUCAAAGCCCGAGACAGACCGCCAAGAAAAGUCUGCAUCUCUUGAUUUGCUUCUAAGAUUCCAACGUUUGUUGCUGGGCAAACUGUACCCCAAAGAUGAGAAAAAGUCAUCUGUCUCCAAUCAUGGCCCUGAAGUUCUGGGAGCAGUUUCGCUCCUGCGAAAAUAUGUCUCACUUAUGGCAUCACAUGUUGAGGACUGCCUCUCAGUGGCAUCCAUAUUGGGUUCUCUCUCUCCACACCGGUUUGCGCUUGCAGCUUCCGUCCUGGAGUCCGACAUAACAGGGAUCCUUCUGCCGGAACUCCUCGUGUCUCUACUGCUCCUCGAGGCAUUUGUGCCAGAACUGAUCCAGCGAUCUGCAGUAGCGCUCGUUCUUACGCCACUGCUUGACGCUCUUGACUGCUUCAAUCGCUUGGCUCCAGGCUGGGAGCUGGAAGAUAAUGAGGACCUGUCCUGGCCGGGUAUUGCGGGAAACAUGAGGACACCGUCACCGUGUCAGAAGACGUCGGAAGAUGUGCUAACGUACAGGAAAGCCGACUUGGAGAACCAUACCAAAGACGGAGGGCUUUGGGUGGUCAUCAAGGGAAAGGUGUACGACCUGCACGAGUUUAAGACAGGCGCUCCCUGUGGUGCUGAUGUACUGUUGAGAUAUGCUGGACGUGACGCUACUCAAGCUUUUGAAGGAGCUAAUCAUUCCAAAGAAGCCAAAGAAAUGUUGACAUCGUUUUUGAUUGGCAAUUUUAUUGACUAUGACCACGAGGCCCUGCUCUCCGUUGACCUGUCGACCCUGUCGUCUCCCCUGGUGGACACCGAGCGAACCUUGGCAUACUUCCUCGGACUACAUGCACAUCAUCAGGCAUGCGGGCCUCCAAUACAGCCCUGUGAGGCAGAAGUCGGCCUGUGGCUAGAAGCCUCCCUGCUCAGGGGCGGUGGCCUCUUGCGAGCCUUGCAGCCCCUAGACCCUUUUGAUGAAGAAAAAGGAGAAGCAAGGAGUGCUGGCUCAAGUGCAGCUACACCGGUUUCCGGAGUUACACCAACCGAACCAAAGGGUGUGCUUCCCAGUGGAAGCCACAGCAAGGCAACUGGGCCUCUCGUUUCAGCCGCCACGGAGCAACAGGGAGAGACCAUCCUGGAAGCUCUGGCCGAGAGUAGGCUGGAUGACCCUCACGUCACGGGGUUCCUUCAAGCCGUUGAUGCGUUUUGUGAGGAGCAACACUUGGGACUGCGCAUGAACUUUCAGAGUGACCAUCCCGUUGAAGAGGUGGGAAGGUUACUAAUGGCCGUUGCAAUGAAGCAUCUGGGCUCUGGCAACCUCCUGCUCAGCAUUUCUGAACAAGCAGUGCUGAAGGGUGUGUCUGCUGAAGCCCCAGUUCCCCUUCCCGGGGUCAUUCAGGAUGUGGUACGCAUGACGCAGCAAGCCAAGUGGUCCCUCAUCAAGGCUCGUCAAGACCUGAACGGAUCCUACAAAGAAGUCUGUUGCCCCGUGUUUGAGCGCUGCCGUUUUCUCUUCUACGAGCUUCGGCCAGCUAUAAGUAAAGAGAUGAUAGCGUUGGAGAGGCUGAAGCUAAUUGAUGUCACCUCUAAAUGGAAAACAGUGGCACGCCAACUGAUACAGGAGAACCGUAAAGCAAAAGCUGCUGAGGCUCCGGCUGAGCCUGGGAACACGGAAGUGAAAGGCAUAUUCAAAGAGGAAGAAGUACAGCAGCAUGCUGCAACAAAACUUCCGUCUGUUAAAAAGCAAAAUGCACGGCUGACCAGCGUAUCAAACAUCGAACCAUCAGAACUGCUGACUCAAGUUUUUGAAUUUGCCCUCCACGACGAGCGAGUUGACGUGGAACUAAUCAGGAAGGCGAUGUACUGCCAGGUGGAACGUUCCAAGGUCCGCAUCAAGGGAAUCGAAUCUAUGCUAUCACUCUUGCGGAAAGAUUUUCUGAUGCCAUCCGUCAAGUACAGACUUCAGUGCGGCUGGCAGGGUCUCCUCCACUGUGCUGCAAUGCCACGAGAGAGUCCCUUGCACUGCCUCUCCAACGUAAAUCUGAUCCCGCCGUAUGACCGCGUCAUGUUGGAGCUGGCAUCAGCGUCUCUCACUACCUGGGUGGUGGAAGAGUUGCGCUCUCUGGUACGAAGUUGCAUUGACAGCACCGGGUCAGAUGUCACAGGUGCAACUAGGUGUACCUCAUCCAAGAAGUUGACUUCUAAGAGCAAUGUGGACAGCAGUGGAAGUUGUAGUCCGUCAUUCGGGGCACUCGUGGCGCCCUCUCGUUUCCUGCUUUCUGCUCUCGGUCUCCUUGUGUGCGACCACCAAGCUCGAGAGGUUAGCCUCUUGCUCGGAUCCGGUGUUCUGGCCCAGCUUCAGACCUUGCUACGCCUUCUCGGUCCCACAAUCAACCAGCCGCAUAAUGACAAGAAUGCGGCACUCUGCGCUGUCCUGGAAGAAACCAUAAAGAAACCUCAACCACCCGCAUCUCCUCUCUAUGGGUCUGAGUUAGCAUCAAUGAUGAAGAUAGGAACAAGGGUAGUCCGUGGUGCCGACUGGAAGUGGGCUGAUCAGGACGGUCCCCCUCCUGGUGAAGGCCGUGUUAUCGGUGAACUGGGAGAGGACGGCUGGAUUCGCGUCCAAUGGGACAAUGGUACCACCAACUCCUAUCGGAUGGGAAAGGAAGGGAAAUAUGACCUCACCCUCGCCGUCCCACCACCUCGUGCCGAGAUCGAGUCCAGUUCCGAUUCCGAGGACGACGAAGUGACGACUACAGUGCCUACAGCGCAGCAACCGGCAGCACUGCUCCACCAAGCAUGCCACAGCGUUCUCAUGGCUCUAUCCAUCUCGCUCGGACUCCACUCGGACAGAGUGCGGACGGAGACGACCAGCCUCAUGUCUGGCUUAAUGCGGUCUAUUGUGGAAGCUGGCCAUGGCCCCCUUCUUGGCGGAGGCAGUUUUAUGCGCGAGGCUCCCCGCCCGCCCCGAUGGCUUCUAGAGCAACAGCACAGAGAGUGGGCGACCCUCGGAUUUAUUCGAGGCAUUUGCGCCAGCACCGCCGUCUGCCAGGCCCUGAGCACGCCGUCGUGGGUCUCACUGCUCCUCAGAAUCGCUGCCGGCCCCACGUGCUUCAUUCCGCUGCCAUCGUCUGCCACUACCCUUCCCACCCAGAUACAAGCCCUUAGGCUUCUUCACACUGUUCUCCCCACGUGGACGUCGGACAGCUACGCCAAACAGAGAGAAGCAUUUGUGCAGCAGAUUUUUGCCCUUCUUGGGAAAGUUCUCGUAUCGUGUGCCAUGGAUCCAACCUUGCACCAUACAGAGAUUGCCUGGAAGGGCAAAAGAACAAGCCGAGCGCGACUCUCGUUGACUGCUUCUCACUGCAGUACGGUUGGGGAGGAAUGUGUCACCCUGAUACGUGGGCUGCAUUCACAGCCCGUUUGGAACCACUGUAUCAACAGGAAUGUUCAACAGUGCUUGAUGACCCUUGUGGAACAUCGAGAUGUUGGUGUAGAUGAUGCCCCUGAGGCGACCAACGCUAAGCCAUCAGCAACGAGUCUCGAAGCGCACGGCCAAAUAUUGGCAGCUUUGGCUGUUCUUGGUGGGGUGGAUCACAGAGUUCGCCUGGGUGGGGCGGUGGACUUUCUGGAACCGCCCCGCCGAGGCACAGUGGCACGUAUCUCCCCACAAGGAAAGCUGGUUGUUCACUGCCACACGCAGGGGAAGUUGGUGAAAUGUCCUUUGGACCAGCUUCAACCAGUAAGUGGAACCCCAUUCCACCUGCAAAAGCUUACCAUGAAUGAGAGCAUGCUUCGCGUCUGGGCAUCACUUCUAAGCCGAGCUGCGUCGGUUCUGCCCAAGUUAUCCAAGGAAACAAAAAGUGCCAACCAGCCAGUUCAGUCGCCGACGGCAGAGUCUAUGGGUGUCAACAUUUCACUGCUGAAAUCUCAGCAAAUCCUUCUCGGCACAAUCAAGGCAACGUCUAUCCUUGUUUCACAACAAUCCAUCCUGCGUCAGGUGCUGUUACAGAACGUUUCAGAACAACCGUCGAUGGAGACAGAAGAUGAGACAUCUGCGGACACACCAUCUUCGAUGUUAUUGGUUGAGCAGAUCAUGGCCACUGCGACACUUCCGUCCAUACUGAGGGCCAUAUUUUCGAGGGAGGAACUUGAGGUUGCAGCCAUCGCGCUGACCCAGUUUCUGACAUCAGAGGCCACUUGUCGCGACGUCAGUGACCUCACAUCCUUACUUCCCCUCUCUCAACUCCCUGGGGACGAGGAGGAAGAGCCUCCUGCCUUAGACCCCAGUCCAACGAGCGACGAUGCGAGGUGUGCCAGCACGGGCCCCACUCCGGUAGCCAGCCACACUCUCGAGGGAGCCGCUGCAUCCGCGCCCACUUCCUCGCGUCGCUCUCCGCGCGGCCACAAGGUCAAAUCAAAAGGAGGAAGCUCCUCGGGUUCCCGUGGGAUUUUCUCGACUCCGCCACUUCUGGGUGCCUCAGCGUCGCAGUCUUCCGUACCCGUUGUGCAGCAGCUUGUCGAGAUGGGGUUCUCGAGGCACAUGGUCGAAGUGGCGCUCAGUGCGCUCGCAGGCAGCUUUCACAUGAUUCCCAGCCCUGAAGCUGUUGUGUCUUGGUUGCUGGAACACCCGGACCAACUCUCCUAUGUGUCAGAUGAUGAGAGCUUCACAUCACUGGAAGAUGCGUCGGACUCGGACUCUUUUUCGGAUGACCUCUACGAACCUGAGGCUCAAGGCUACACCCAAGAGGUCGCACCAAGGAUGAACUACCUGUGCAGGAGCGAUUUUGCUAACAAUGAUGACUAUGCCUUCUAUGUGAGAGACCACAUCAACACUGGAAUGAUGGUUCGGUGUUGCCGGACUUACGAGGAGGUUCAGGAAGGUGACACUGGGGAAGUAGUUGAUUUGGACAACGAUGGCCUGCACGACUUGAACGUCCAAGUCAUGUGGCUGCACAAAGGAGGAGUCUACUGGGUGCGUUACAUCCACGUGGAGCUCCUGGGACCAGAUCCGUCCCAAGCGGCAUCCAUGGCUCUCCCACCCACUCCCCCACCCAGAGGGGCCCCGAGGGUCGGGGAUCGUGCACGAGUGCGAUCGUGUGUGUCCCAGCCCAAGUACGACUGGUGCGCUGCGACCCAGCAGAACAAUGGCACCGGUCGUGAUGGGAGAGACGCCUCGGCAGACUUUCCACAGCAAUCCCCCUGGAUAGGUCGGGCAUCAGAGUUGGAACGGGUCCCUGUAGUACAUGAACAAAUCACCUGUCACGGAUGUGAUGCGACACCCCUGCUGGGAUCUCGCUACAAGUGCAGGUUCUGCAGGAACUACGACCUUUGUGAACGGUGCUUCAAAACAAACCAGAUUCACAAGCAUCCUUUCAACCGUAUUGUGAGACCUGGUGCUCUGCCCAUGUACGGAGGAUACCCCGGAGGACGGCCGAGGAAGAGGAAAGGCGGAGAUCUCGACGGUCGCGUUUCGGGCCUCGGAGGUACGCUCAUCGAGGACUGGUCACACUGCGUAAAGAACCUGACGGUCUCGUCCCACGAGGACAUCGCUCACCGUCUCAUUGAUGGGACCCACUCUUCGUGGCAGAGCUGUGGAUCACCCGGAAGCCACUGGAUUCGUCUUGAACUGCACCAAGAUAUUUUGAUCCACAAGCUUACCAUGGUUGUAGGCCCGGCUGAUGCUAGCUAUAUGCCUCUGCUUGUGGUGGUGAAAGGAGGUUCCCAUCUGGAUUUGAUGAGUGAACUGAAGACGGUCCACAUUGGGCCGACGGACAUUUUCGUCACACUACUAUCUGAAGUGCAAGAGUUCUACCGUAUCGUGGAGAUCGGCAUCAAGCAAUGCCGCAGCGGAGGCAUCGAUUGUAGAGUUCAUGGUCUGACAAUUAUCGGAAGGCAUCGAACUGAAGAAGAAGAUAUCGCGUCAACAUUCCCGUACCUGGCAUCGGACGGUGAAGAAGCGGAAGAGACCGUACCUGGUGCUGCGACCUAUUCGUCAUCUCAGUCGUCCGUCUCUACACAAAGAAGGGGACGAAGUUCAGAAACCACGUUCCAGGAUUUACAGACAAAAGUCUAUGUGUGGGGUUUGAACGAUAAAGAUCAACUUGGAGGGCUCAAAGGUUCGAAGAUUAAACUGCCCCAAUUCUCUGAAGCUUUGUCAUCUCUGAAGCCGAUACACAUUGCUGGUGGCUCAAAGUGCCUCUUCAUCGUGUCUCAUGAUGGCAAAGUGUAUGCAUGCGGAGAAGGCACAAAUGGCCGCCUGGGCUUGGGUUCCUGUUGCAACGUUGCUGUCCCUCGGCAACUCACAGCGCUGAGCCAAUAUGUUGUGAGAAAGGUCGCUGUGCAUUCUGGGGGAAGGCAUGCGCUCGCACUCACCGUUGAUGGAAAAGUGUUUUCAUGGGGCGAAGGAGACGACGGAAAACUUGGACAUGGUAACAGAAUGACACACGAAAAGCCUAAGCUGAUCGAAGCUCUCAAGUCGAAGCGCAUUCGUGAUGUUUCCUGUGGAAGCUCUCACAGUGCAGCAAUCACAUCCAGUGGAGAACUGUACACCUGGGGUCUUGGAGAGUAUGGACGCCUUGGUCAUGGAGAUAACUUGACUCAGUUGAGGCCCAAGCAGGUCAUGGCAGUGGCUGGGCAACGCAUCAUUCAGGUGGCCUGUGGGAGCAGAGAUGCCCAGACUCUCGCCCUUGCCGAAGACGGUGCCGUCUACUCGUGGGGGGACGGGGACUUUGGCAAACUGGGACGGGGUGGCAGCGAAGGCUGCAGCGUCCCACACAGUGUUGAACGUCUUGCGGGACUCCAGGUCUGCCAGGUGGAAUGCGGGGCUCAGUUUUCUCUUGCACUCACACGAAGCGGCCAGGUCUGGACAUGGGGCAAAGGAGACUACUUUAGACUAGGUCACGGAAGUGACUCCCACGUCCGCAAACCCCAACUUGUCGAAGGACUCCGUGGCAAAAGAGUGAUUCACGUGUCUGUCGGAGCACUCCAUUGCUUGGCAGUAACUGACCAAGGGCAGGUAUAUGCAUGGGGAGAUAAUGACCACGGCCAGCAAGGUAAUGGAAACACAACGGUGAAUCGGAAACCAACUUUGGUGCACGGAUUGGACGGAGCCAAAGUGACAAGAGUGGCUUGUGGAUCCUCUCACAGCGUGGCAUGGAUGACAACGGAAACAGCGCAGUCACGUGGGCACGAGCCAGUGUUGUUUGCUGCUACCAAAGACCCAUUGGGAGCUACUACGUUAGGUGUGGCGAAUACCUUGUGUGAUGCUCCCAGUUCAGGAGGAGCAGGAGAAAGCCCCACGUCAAGUAGCUCAUCUAAACCGACCAAACUACAAAGACCCUCACUGUCAAAGAUACUGCUUUCCCUAGAAGGAAAUGAGGCCAAGCAGCAAGCAUUGCAUCAAGUGUUGCAAGCACUGCAGGUCCUACAUGCAAGGGAACUUAUUAUCAGUGCCCUCCGGCCGCACACUGGCUUGACUGAUUUCACUCCCCAGCCAUCCACCAUGUCAGAGAUGAGUCCAACUGCUCCGGAGUCUCUUAUUUGUUCAUGUGGGAUCAGCUCUGGUGGCAGCCUCACUGUUAGCUUGGGAACCUCUAGACCAAAAAGGGCAGUCACGCAGGAGACAGUUUCGAGCAUAGAUGAGAGCGAGCCAUCCGCAGCAGAUGAAGUGUCGGAUCCGUCACUGCAGAGUUCGGGAAGCCUUUCAUCGCGGCUGUCGUCUGCUGCUGCUAGUGUUUUUGCUGCGACAUUUUCUCCUUCCGAUCAGGCUACGCCCGCUGAAGCUGAAACGACUCACUCUCUUCUGGACGAGUUUACGUCGACGUUGGCACCUGGGGACGCUCGGGUUCUGGUGGACUUGCUGAAGCUGGCCGUCGCUGGCAGGGCGCCGGAGAGAUCCAGAGACACCAUUGCUAGUGUUUUGAAUGCAAUGGCACGAGCAAACUCUCAGGUUGCAGAGAUGCUGUUGGAAAUCUGUGUUACUGAACUUGAAGACGUUGCAUCAGACGUCAAGUCGCAUCAGCUUGUACCACAACCUGUGGUUCAGGAGUCCAGUCACCCAUACACAGAUGAUGUGACACUCACUGGACACGUCCGUAUUCCAGCUGCUGAAAGCCUACAAGUGGAGUUUGACCGUCAGUGCUCGACGGAGCGCAGGCACGAUCCGCUGACUAUCAUGGACGGAACAGGCAGGAUAGUAGCUAACCGAUCAGGUCGAGAAUGGUCGGACUGGGCUCCUGAGCUGCGCAUCUCGGGCAACGAGCUUCGCUGGAAAUUCAGCAGUGACGGCUCUGUCAACGGUUGGGGCUGGCGUUUCACAGUGUACCCCAUAGUCCCUGCAGGCAAUUCGCAACGAGAGGCCCUCUCCGAUCGAGCCGUGCUUUCUCAACCUUCUGUGGAAUUGGUCAUGUCCCUGUUGGACCUGAGGAGCUGCACGGACCGUGCCAUCGUAUCUCGCCUUGCUGCAGCUCUGGCAGCGUGUGCGCAGCUCAGCUACUUAGCUCCGUCUCAACGAAUGUGGGUGCUGCAUCAGCUGCGACAGUUGAUGACCACGGGGGUUGGGAGAAGUCUGAAUGUGUUGGAGUUGCUUGCCAGCACUCCAACCAGUUCAGAUUCUCCCACCGAUCCGCCACCUAUCUCAAAUGUGCACGGCUCAUGCGAAACGGCCCUCGGGGCCUUGUUAAAGGCCCUUCCCGAAACGUUGUUGAGGCAGUACGAGUACGAGGACCCUAUAGUUCGUGGUGGCAAGCACUUGAUGCACAGUGACUUUUUCAAAGUACUCGUAGCCCUAGCCUGCGAUUUGGGGCUGGAUUCCCUCCCGUGUUCGAGCGACAGUUCCCGCUGGGCGUGGUUCCGUCGCUACUGUAUGGCGUCUCGUGUCGCCGUGUCCCUCACAAGGCGUUGUUCUCCCUCUGUGACGCUGCCAACGGGGUUCUGCUUGGAGGUUCAGCGUCGCAUCCGGGCACUCACGGCGUCGUGCGCUGAAGGUGAAUCUGAAGAUCUGCCAAAGGACGAAGAAUGGAAAGAGGAUGGGGAAGCAUUUGUGACUGACCAUGAGGACCAUUCGGUAUUUAAACUGGAACAUGAUGAACAGCUCAUACAUUGGGUCAACAGACGCCCAGAGGAUUGGACACUCUCGUGGGGUGGAAGCGGCACCAUUUUGGGUUGGGGUCACAACCAUCGGGGGCAGCUAGGGGGUGUGGAGGGUGCCAAAGUGAAACUUCCCACACCGUGCGAAGCACUCACGACCCUGCGUCCUGUCCAGCUGGUAGGAGGAGAGCAGACGCUCUUCGCUGUCACUUUGGACGGCAAGGUAUAUGCUACUGGGUACGGCGCUGGAGGUCGCCUCGGAAUCGGCGGCAAUGAUUCGGUGUCGACAACGACGCUGCUAGAGAGUCUACAACACGUGUUCAUCAAAAAGGUAGCCGUUAACUCCGGAGGGAAGCAUUGCCUGGCGCUGUCAGCAGACGGGGAGGUGUACUCCUGGGGCGAAGGGGAUGAUGGAAAACUUGGACACGGGAACAAGAGUUCAUGCGACCGUCCGCGAGUGAUAGAGAUCCUGCGGGGCAAAGAGGUGGUGGACAUUGCCUGUGGCGGCGCUCACAGUGCCUGCAUCACCGCUGCUGGAGAGCUGUACACGUGGGGCAAGGGACGUUACGGACGGCUCGGACAUGGAGAUAGCGAGGAUCAGCUACGUCCAAAGAAGGUGGAAGCACUGUCUGGAUGGCGUGUACGCUGCGUGGCGUGCGGCAGUGGAGACGCCCAGACCCUGUGCGUUACGGACGACGACUCUGUGUGGUCAUGGGGUGACGGUGACUACGGCAAGCUGGGCCGCGGGGGCUCAGACGGUUGCAAGGUGCCCCUUCGCAUUGAGUCGCUCCAGGGUCUCGGCGUGAUUCGCGUUGAAUGCGGUUCACAGUUCUCUGUGGCCCUCACGUCGUCAGGCAGCGUCUACACGUGGGGAAAAGGUGACUAUCACCGACUUGGACAUGGAACCGACGAUCACAUGCGUCGGCCCAAGAAGGUGGCUGCACUGCAAGGGAAAAAAGUAAUCUGCAUUGCCGUGGGUUCACUGCACUGUGUCGCCUGCACCGAUAAUGGUGAAGUCUACACAUGGGGUGAUAAUGAUGAAGGACAACUCGGUGAUGGGACAGUGAAUGCUAUUCAGAAGCCCAAACAUGUGACUGCUUUGCAAGGUAAGAAGAUAAACCGGGUGUCGUGCGGGUCAGCGCACACAGUUGCUUGGUCGACGAUCGGCUCUCGGGUCGGCAGUGGAUCUCUCCCCGCAUUGGUACCCAUGGAAUACGAUCUGCUACGGGAUGUCCCGAUUGUGACGCUUCGGAAUCGCUACGCCUUGCUCUACCACUUCUCAGAGCUGUUUGCUCCGUCUGUACCCAUGUUUGAUCUGUCCGGCUCGAGUGGCAUCAACCACGAUGGGUUUGAUGGACUGCGAGGACUUCUUGUGUCAUCCGGAAAGGAAAGUGCUUUUAGGAAGGUAGUGCAGGCAACUAUGGUGAGGGACAGGCAGCAUGGCCCUGUGGUUGAACUAAACAGGAUACAGGUGAAGCGUGCUCGUUCGAAGAAUGGUCUGGCGGGACCGGAUGGCACAAAAUCUGUGUUUGGUCAAAUGGUGUCCAAGAUGUCACUCCUGACACAGGAAAGCCUCUUACUGCCUCAUCGUGUCUGGAAAGUGAAGUUUGUUGGUGAAAGUGUGGAUGACUGUGGGGGCGGCUACAGCGAAUCCAUCGCCGAGAUGUGUGACGAACUACAGAACGGCUCUCUGCCCCUGCUGAUCCUGACCCCAAAUGGACGGGACGAGGCUGGCACCAAUCGCGAUUGCUUUCUCUUGAACCCAGCUGCGAAGUCGCCCCUGCAUCUCAACAUGUUCCGUUUCCUUGGUAUGUUGAUGGGAAUCGCUGUCCGAACUGGCAGCCCGUUGAGUCUGAGUCUCGCUGAACCAGUCUGGAAGCAGUUAGUGGGACUUCACCUUACACCAGCUGACUUGAAUGAAGUGGACAGAGGCUAUGUUCCAGGAUUGAUGUGUGUCCGUAAUAUGGAACCCGAAGCAUUCCAGAAGCUGGACAUGCCGUUCACUAUCCAUAGUGCUACGGGUCAAGAAGUGAGACUGAGCACGAAGUAUCAACGUACCACGGUUGAGAAUAGGGCUGAAUACGUUAAGCUGGCACUAAAUUAUAGGUUACACGAAUUUGAUGAACAAGUGGCUGCGGUACGAGAGGGAAUGGCAAGGGUCGUCCCUGUUCCCAUGUUGUCGUUGUUCACUGGCUAUGAGCUUGAGACUAUGGUGUGUGGGAGUCCCGACAUUCCUAUUAACCUGCUGAAGGCUGUGGCCACAUACAAAGGUGUUGAGCCCGACAGCCCACUCAUUCAAUGGUUCUGGGACGUGAUGGAGGAGUUCUCCAAUGCCGAGAGGUCCCUCUUUCUGAGGUUUGUCUGGGGACGCACUCGCCUUCCUCGUGCCAUUGCGGACUUUCGGGGGAGAGACUUUGUCCUUCAGGUGCUUGACAAGUACAGCCCACCCGACCACUUUCUACCCGAGAGCUACACGUGUUUCUUCCUAUUGAAGAUGCCCCGUUACUCCUGUCAGGCAGUCCUCCGCGAGAAACUCAAAUAUGCCAUCCACUUCUGCAAGUCAAUCGACACGGACGACUACGCUCGUGUUGCACUUGGAGCAGACGAAGAUGAUGAGGGUUCCUUUCGACCCCUGGGGCUCGAUGGGGAGCACAGGGUGGCUGUGGGGGCCACUGGAGGGCCUGCGGAAGAUGUGGCGGGCCUCAGCGAUAGCGAGGGAGCUGCCGAGUCGUUAGGUGGGGGCUCUGAUGAGUGCAGCAGUGAAGUUUGAGGUUGAAGAAUGGUAAGGCAGAUCAGUAUGAUGGCGGAAAUACUCAACGUGAAUGGUUUAUUGGUGAUGCACAAGAUCUCAAAGGGGCGCUGAAGCGUAAAAAUUUAUCCCUGCUGAAUAAAAUAUGCUGUUACCCCUGACACAAACACAAAAUGGGCGGGAUUCGUUUUCGUUCAUCAUCAACGGCAUCUUUCAUUCCGCAAGGAGACAUUUUUGCACUUUGGUGCCCCUUUAAAGGCGAGUGUCACAGUACAAGUGCUAGCACUCAAGUUGAAAAGAUCGCACUGGCAACCGAGUUACGAAACUUACUGUGAGAGUACCACAUUUGGAAGACAAAAAGGGAGAAGUACAUAGCCGUGUAUUUAUUGCCGGCAGUCAUCGAGAAGUUUUGAACUUCCACGUUGUGAGCCAAAGUAGGGUCAACCCGAUCCGCCAUUGUCUGUUGAUGCACUUGGACUAGGAAAAUGUGUACUAAGCAAAAAAAUAUGACCCUUAUCUCCCUUUGGUCAUUAGAAUUAGACCUGCCAUUUUCGAAUGAACUUUCCAAUUAUUUCUGUGCGUUUCUUUGGCUCCCCCAUGGCAUCUGACAUGACCAAAUCCUACGACUUGCCAUACAUAUUGCUUUUGUUUGGUGAAUCCUAGCUACUGCUAACAAAUUGCAGGAUGUUGCUUCACAACAAACGAAUGUGAAAUUUCAACAGGAGCUUUCAGGAGGAGAGCAAAUAAAACUGAUCUAGUCACUUGUACUAGACAUCACAGAAAAGGCACGCUAUAUUAGACCUACCUUAGGCUGCCGAACCAAUGCUGUGAUAUCUAAUAUUAAAGGUCUCUUGUAAUUAUGUAGAAAACUUCUGUGCAGAGAUUCAAGCCGUAUAGGUUGCAGGGCAGAAUCAGCACAUGUAUAUAUAUAGUUCAUGUAAACGGUUGCUUGACAUGUAAACUCUGUCGUGCUGCUUGUUAGCGCGCUGAUGCAUUUUCGGCAUGAUACGCAUUGCAACGUGAACAAUAAAUGUUAAAAUAGAGGGACAGUUUUUGCUU